ACUACUCAGUCUGGUUGGACAUUUCUCGCCCUGGCCGCUUCAUUUUGCAAAGAAUCUUCGACCAGGAAUCAGGCAAUGGACCCAAACAAAGAUACAGAAGAUUCCAAAUGCUUCAAUCGUCACAACCAGACGCAAAGCAUCCGGCAGGGCCAAAUAAUGGAAGAUUCAGAAUCUGCGACAGAUGAUUUUAACACUGAUCGCCUGGUGAGAAAUCGGUCAACAGUACAUGUCGCCUUUAUGUCUUUCGUUCUGGCUUCGAUACCAUACGGUCUAGCAACCAGUCUCUUCUACCCUUUAAUCAACGGGGGACCUGCAACCAUAAUUUGGGGGUGGGUUGCUGUAUCAAUGAUCAUACUCUGUGUCGCUGCCUCCCUUGCCGAGAUAACCAGCGCACACCCCACAGCCGGUGGAGUUUACUAUCAAACUUUCAUGCUUUUGAGUGGAAAAUUGCAAAGGCCUAUAUCGUGGAUUUGCGGGUUCGCAUAUCUCGCUGGAAAUAUCUUGAUAACUUUGGCUGUGAACUUCGGGUCAACGGGAUUUCUGAUUGCCUCCGUCAACGUCUUUCAAAAUGAGUCAGGGGUCGGGGUUUUUGAUGCUUCGGACUACCAGGUAUUCUUAAUCUUCGUUGCAAUAACUGUUUUAUGCAACUUGACGUCGUCGCUUGGAAAUCGGUGGCUUCCCAUACUAGAUACUAUUAGUAUUUUCUGGACAUUUGCCGGUCUAGUUGCGCUCAUGGUUUGUAUUUUAGUACGAUCCAAGACAAGCCGUCACUCUGCCGGCUAUAUCUUUGGUGAGUUUGAGCCUCAGUCAGGUUGGAAUUCAGGAUGGGCUUUCUUUGUUGGCCUUCUACAAGCAGCCUAUGCCACAUCCUCCACUGGCAUGAUUACGUCCAUGUGCGACGAAGUCCGCAACCCUGAGGUCCAGGUUCCUCGAGCUAUGAUCGGCACCGUCUUACUGAACACCAUUGCGGGCCUUCUAUUUCUCAUCCCUGUGGUUGCAGUGCUUCCAGAUAUGCACAUUCUGAUUGAACAAGCCUCUAGCCAGCCAGUACCUGUAAUCGUGUUGUCAGCCGUUGGAGAUCCCAUUGGCACAUUUUUUCUUCUCUUUCCAUUAAUAGUGUUAGCACUUUUCUGUGGAAUCGCAUGCACAACAGCAGCCUCGCGCUGUACUUGGGCAUUUGCCCGGGACGGCGGCAUUCCAGGUGCAAAAUUGUUGGGGUUGGUGGAUCGAAACCUGAAAGUUCCAUUGAACGCCAUGAUGCUGAGUAUGGUUACGCAAAUCGUCUUGGGCUGCAUCUAUUUUGGUUCUGAGACAGCAUUUAACGCUUUCUCCUCUGCCGGUGUUAUUUUCUUAACAGUGAGCUAUGCGAUUCCGAUCGCAGCCUCUCUCUUCGGAGGUCGAAAGGACAUUAAGAAAGGAAAGUUUUCGCUCGGGAAGCUUGGGGUAUUUUGCAAUAUCGUUUCACUCUGUUGGUCCGCUUUUGCAAUUCCUCUAUUUUGCAUGCCAUCGUAUCUCCCUGUCACCGCUGAGACCAUCAAUUAUGCUUUUGCGGUCUUUGCUGGCUUUUUGAUCAUUGCUAUCACAUGGUACUCUAUAUGGGGCCACAAGGGCUUUAAAGGCCCUCUUGCUAGUGUUAUUUCAGUGUCGGUCAUGGACGGGGUUUCACCAAUGGAUUAG